UACCGCGAUCGGUCGUGUUCCGCUCCUCGCGAUUUUCCAUUGCCCAAUUUUCGAUUUUCCUCCGCUGGAGGCGCGUGCUCAAACGGUAAACUGUGUGAAGAAUCGGGCCGCGAAGAGUGGUGAAGACGGGUGGAGAAGACUGACAGUUUCUUCGCGAAGUCGAGGAAUUUCCCGUGGCAUUUGCCACCCAAAUGUUAGACGAGUUAAUGAAGUGCAAAAAUGUUUGUAGACGGAGUUGUUGCUGCUGCCAAAUGAACACGAAGGCGCCGUCGACUUUGUGAUUUGCGGUUGCAUUCUACCAGAUACAAGCUCAGGCUACAAGCUGAAAAGUACAAUCUCAAGACCCCAGAAAGGCAGUCCGUAGUAUUUGACCCUGUCGCUUUCGGCAGCAAAGUGAAAAUUGCUCGGCAACCGAGGAAAACGGAGACUUCUGCGACUUCUUUGGUGUCAAGUGAGAAGACGACCUGGCGAAUCUCCUGCGGAUUAGUGGCACACUUACCCACAACCAGCACCGCUGAAAAGCAUAGCCCUCCCUCGAAGUUCGCCAUCCAGACACCAAACGCAUCGUCAUGGAACCCACGCCCAAUAUGCUGAAGCAGCUGCUGCUGAAGAAUCACCAGGACGCCAUUCUCCAGCUCCAGGGGAAUUCUCCAUCGCCUCCUCUGUCUUUCUGCGCCGCUUCGAUGGCGGAUAGCAGGGAACGGAUUCGCGGACCCUCGAGGGAUGGUCGGGAGUUCCUGACCAGUCCCAGGCAGGUCCUACGCCGACUGAUGCUGCUCUCCGAGGGCAGACAGUACAGGGAAGCUGCCGGGGUGGUGGGCAGAUUGGGCCCCUCAGUUCUGAGAUCAGUCAUUGCCGAACUCCCUCUGGAUCUACUGCUGGAGCACCUUCCUCACAGUGCCUACCUGCUGGAGUCAUUCUUUACCAGAUUAACCACCUUGAACACCACUCCAAAGCCCGAAGUGCCCAGUGAGACGGUGGCCUGGCAAUUGGUGCGUCUGUUUGCCAAUCCCCACGAAUCAGGACUGCGGCAAAGAUGCACUCGACUCCUGCAGGCUUUGGCUCAGUAUGAACCUGCUCUCCGACAAACUGUGAGGGAAAGGAGGCGCAGCUUCGAUAAUGCUGUCCAGGGACUCGGAGUCCAUGGACUGACCACCGAUGCCUCCGGUCAGCUCAUCUCACUGCAUGUGGCCCUAAAAACAGAGCUACAACGCCAUGUGGACACCUAUAAGAUGGCCAUUCACAAGCUGGAGGAGCUGAGCAUGGUCACGGUGAACCAGGAUCCUGCCCACUCCUCCCACCAACGUCUGUUGGCCAUCAAUUACGGGGACAUUCAGCAGCGACUGAUCGACAAUAAGACCCUGCUCACCAUGCUGGACAAGCCGGCUCUGAAGCAGCUGCAAACGCUGGUGGAGAAUCUCAGCACACGGGUGGAGAACGACAAGGAAGUGCUGACUUGUGUGGGUCAGGUGCGUCGUCUGGAUUCGCAGGCCCUCGUGGAGAAGCGUCCUGCCGCCGGCCUCCUGAUGAACUUCUCCCGCGGUUGCGAGGUGGUGCUCCACAUGAUGGGUCCCGAGGGAGGUCCUCCGGGAUCCUCGCUCUCCAUGGGCAAGGCCACGACUCCCGGCGGAGCCAGUACGAGCAGCUGCAGCGAUGGCUACCACUCGGAUGACUCCGGCAGCGAUGACGGCAGCGAAAUGGUGUCGCUCUAUCGGAAUCUCUACGUCGAGAACCGAGCGGAUGCCUUGGAGGCGUUGGACAGUCUUCCCCAGAUAAAACACGCGCACAGCCUCAAGGGGAAGAUACUCUUCUCCAUGAUCGUGCUCUCCUUCCGCUUGUGCCACGGAAUGCGGGAACGGAAGGUCCUGGAAGUCCGGCGCAUACUGAACUCCCCAUUGGACAGCAGCAGCGAGACUACUUUAUCCCUGGACAGAUCUGUUCGUCAGCAUCUUUUUGAGACCGCCGAUAAUUUUCCUUUGGGCGAGAUCGAGCGGUCGGUCUUCAACCAGGUGCUCUCCACCUUGCACGAGUAUCCCUGCCUGGAGUCCUGCCCCCCAUUAACGCACUACGUGAGUGCCUGUGUUCGUCUGGCCUGGAGGAUGAUUAACCAAAAGUCACCCUAUUACCUGGACAUGGACUUUAAUCUGGGCUUUUUGCGGCCCGAGAAACACGAACGGCAUCCACAAGCAGAUCGGCGUUCGGAUCUAAUAAAAGCCUUCCUUUGGCCCGCCUUAAUGCAGAACAACCAGUGCGUCUUCAAGGCGGUGGUGGCCACCUGA